UGAUAGUUGGAGAAGAGUUCUUCAUGUCAGGGACUGCUGUAGCCUCAGCACACAGAGUACUGUAGCUCCUGGAUCACCCAAGAUAAGCAAAUGGAUGAGAAAGAGCUGAGUGAUCCCCUGAAUAACGUAUCACUGAUUAAAGAUGACCUGACCAGGUCAAACAAGGGGUCUUCUGGUGACUCAGAAAAAAUGAUUCAGCGCUUGAAUGAUGACCUCCGAGAGGCCCAGGAGCUUGCUAAUACGGAGAAACAUAAAUGCAUUGAACUACAAGGUAUCCUGGAUGAAGAGAGGAAAGAAAAUAAACAACAAGCCGAUGAAUCUGCAAAACAGAUCAAAUAUCUUCAAGGCCAGCUGCGGCAGCUCCAAGAUGAGGUGGGCGUUCUCAGAGAGCAGUUAGACGUCUCCUCCGGUUCGCGUGACGAGCUACAAAGUGCACGUGAUGAGGUGAAGUCCCUGAAACGUGCCCUGGAGGCGGCCACUGCUGAGCGGGACCGUGACGUCGCUGCCAUCCACUCUAACCUGGCAACAGUCUCGAACGAUCUGGACAAGUGGCGUCAGACUGCCAACAAAUACGAGCGUGAGAUUGACAACCUGCAGCGUGACCUUCAGCAGCAGAGCAAGCAGUGGCAGAAAACUGCAGAAAUACAAGCCAGUGAGCUGCAGUCCAUGCAGGUAGAGUGUAACGGUCUUCAGAAGGAAUGUUCUGUCCUGCGAUCUGAGAAACAGGACAUUGCGAAUAAGCACCAGAAGGAAAAGAGCAGUCUGCAAAGUGAAUGUGUUUCCCUCCGGGCUGAGAAAGAGGAACUCCUCAAGACUCACCAGAAAGAGAAGGGUAACCUGCAGAGUGAUUGUGCAGCACUGCGCACUGAGAGAGAGGCACUGCUGCAGAAACAGCAGCAGCUGGAGAAGGACCUUGCCAGUUCGCGUGCCCAGAGUGCUGAGCUGAACAACAGCCUCAGAACCCUCGAGCGAUCCCAACAGGAGCUGGAGAAGAGGCUGGUGGCCCUGCAGCUCCAGCACCAGCAGGAGAGCACCAAGCUGCAAACCCAACUGGAUGAGGCAGACAGCUGCAGCAAGGCUCUGCAGAGAGAGUGUGAGGAGGCUAAGACAGAGCUGUCAGACUUGAAGGAGAAAUACAAGAAGACUGAGCAGGAAAAACAGUUGGUUACAGAUGAACUUGAGGAGUGCAAAGCCAACAUGAAGGACCUGCAGGAGAAAGGAUCGAAGAAGCCGUGGAUGAUCUGGGGGCCUGUGGUCGCUGUGGCUCUAACAGCUGUGACUGCUGCUGUGCUCUUCAGGACCUGAGGGCAACUUGUUCCAACACACACACACACACACACACACAUACAGAAAUAAACUCAUAUUUGUCAUCAGAUGUCAAAACUUGCCCCCUUAUCAUAUCUGCACUAUUAAUUAGGAGGGCUCAUAUUUAACUCUGUUUAAUUUCUGAGAUGCUCUAUUUUAGUUGGCAGAGACGUUAAUAAAAGAAUGUCAGUUUUGUGUGCAAAUCAAUAAGUUUGUAUGUCUGUCAUUUGAAGGAAAUCUAGUUGGGUUGUUUUCUGUUUACCAGUUUGACUUCUAGGUUUAUCCAUUAAUGAAUGUAAAAUACUUUACACACUUAACUAAUUCUACGUAUAUGAUUAAACUUUAUCACUAGGAGUUUGAACCUCUUUAAAUGUAGCGCAUAUAUGUGAUAGAUAACAUUGUCACAAUGACACAGCCCCCGAUGAGGCGCAUGAUAACUGCACGUCAGUGGGUGGCUGUGAUGAGCACUGCAACAUAUUCUGUUAACUAUUAUCAAUGUGAAAAUAAAUAGUUUAGCUGAGCAGGAAUUUAUCUUGUUUUUUCAGCAGAGCAUCAUUAAACAGAACUGCAAGCAAAUCACCUUUUAGAGCGAUUUCCUUUAUUGAUAAGGUCCAUUUCUAGACUUCAAGUACUGUGUUUGUAUUUUACUUCUGCUUUUCUUCUGCUUUUCAUUUCAGAUACAUGAUGAUAAAAAUACUAAAUUGUUUUGUUCCGUAUCCACUCAGAUGUAGCACAGCCUCCUCAACAGGAGCAUAAACCAGUAAACUUUCCUUUUUUUUUUUUUUUUUUUUAAAUUGUACAUCAUCAUUGUACCGGUAAGAAAAACAGACAAGGUUAAGUUUGGCACAACAGAUGUUUUAUUAAUAACCCUGUCCAUCUGUUGUAUAACAAAAAAAAGGAAGUGGGUAUUAUGUAACACAUCACAACCUAAUACAACAUAGUAUACAUACAUUGUUAAGUGUAUUGUUAUCAGCAGCCACUGCGAGACACCUGGAAACAAGCCCAAAGCUAAAUGUAUUUUUUAUUGAUUAAGUGUUUCUUGAAAAUCUAAAAAUCUAUCUUUAAAUAUGUAUAUUAAUUUGGUGUACUUCCAGUAAUUCUGAAUUUGUUCGAUUCCCUGUAAAUAAAUGCAAAGAGAUUCAAAGA